AAGUGGGAGGGGCCGGUGGCGCACAGGGCCGAGUUUAGCACUUUGCAACAUGAUCCGCGCACAGCAGCGAGAGGCCGGGCUCUGCGGUCCUGCCACCUGCCGCCCCAGCGCACCACAUGGAGGAGACUGAGCCCCAGUGAGCCGGGAACGAGCAGGAAAAGAAGGUGGAACCUUUUAACUCGCUAUAUGAACUCCUCACACAGCGACCCGCGGACACAGAGAUGAGGCUGACGGACACAAGUGCCGGUGCCUCCGCCUCCUACUACUGCGGUCUGCGUCAAAGCUCUCGCUGCUCCAGGAGAUGAUGCCCUCGGUGUCUCCUGAAGGACUCCCCGGGUUUAUCGCUUGCUUUUGAGCACCCUCUCUGGGACGACGAGGAGGAGGAGGAGGUGGUGGCGGUUUCCAUGUUAAUAUCUCGGGGUAAACAUCCAGCAGGGUCAGUGAUGGCCACCCCGUCUCCAGCCGCGCAGUUCGCCCCAGCAUCUGCAUUGUAAGGAGAAACUGGGAAGGAGGAUUAUGCACAGAUAAAAAAAAACACAACAACAGGUUUUUUUUGUUGCGUCUAAACCAGACAGAGCCCACACUUUGGAUUACAGGGUUUUGUUGUUGUUGUUGUUGUUGUUUUUAGCCAGCAUGAACUCGCUUUAUUUCUCCGACUCCCCGCCCGGUCCCGUGUGCAACGUCCCGGGAGCCGGGUCGGGCGCGGCGACCAGCGCCCUGCGUAAUGACCUGGGCUCCAACAUCCAUGUGCUCAAAACCCUCAACCUGCGAUUCCGAUGCUUCCUCGCCAAAGUCCACGAGCUGGAGCGGAGGAACAAGCUGCUGGAGGGCCAGCUCCAGCAAGCCCUGCAGAGGACGAAGUACCGGCACCUCUACACCCGGGAGGUCGCGGUGCAGACGGACGGCCCCGAGUCGCGGCUGCCGGGAACCAUCUGGAGCUACACCCACGUCCGGAGGCAAGGGGAGCGCGUCGAGACCGUGCACGGGCCCGGGGUGUCGUGGACGCACCCGGACGGAGUUGGGGUCCAGAUAGACACCAUCACCCCAGAACUCAGGGCUCUGUACAACGUGCUGGCCAAAGUCAAGAGGGAGAGAGACGAGUACAGGAGAAGAUGGGAGGAGGAGGUGUCCAAACGGGAGAAGCUGGAGUCUACGGUGGAAACCAUGCAGCAGAGUGCCCAGGAGUCGACGGAGGUCCAGGACGAGCUGAGCGAGAAGGUGGACAGACUGAGGGCGGAACUCGUGGUCUUCAAGAGCCUGAUGACUGAUAAGCGGCAAAUGUCUGACCUGGACACCAAGAUCCAGGAGAAAGCCCGGCGGGUGGACAUGGACAUCUGCAGGCGGAUCGACAUCACGGCCAAACUGUGCGAUGUGGCGCAGCAACGCAACUCGGAGGACAUGUCGAAGAUGUUCAACAUCAGUCCGGCCCGGUCGCUCGCAGAGAAGGGCGCCAUGGCCUGCUGCAGGAGGAAAGAGCGUAAAGCGGUGUCUGAUGAGGAGAGUUCAGAGAUGGAUGCCGAGCCCAGCCUUUCAGAGGAGGAGGAGGACGUUUCAGAGGCGCUCAACAUCACGGACGAAAUGAAACGCAUGCUCAACAAGCUACAUUGUUCAGAUAACUCCUUUGUUGCCAGGCGCGAGACGUUCGAAAUCGACGACGAAUGCGACAGCCUGACGUGGGAGGAGAACGAGGAGACUCUGCUGCUGUGGGAGGACUUCACCAACUACAACGUGCCAGCCGCCAUCGCUGCAGCUAACGGCACGACCAACGGCAACGGCACGACCAACGGCAACGGCGAAGCGGCUGAUCCGGACUCCCAGGAUGGAAGCCUUGGCAGCCUCAUCGAUGAGACAGAGUCGCUAUUUAAGACCAGAGAGCAGGAGUACCAGGAGAGCAUCGGCCAGAUCGAGAUGGAAUUGGCCACAGCAAAGAGCGACAUGAACCGACAUCUGCACGAGUACAUGGAGAUGUGCAGCAUGAAGCGAGGCCUGGACGUGCAGAUGGAGACGUGUCGUCGGAUGAUCAAAGGUGGCAGGAACUCUCCCUCUGUCAGCUCUGUGGCCAGCAGCGACUCAGGGAACACGGACGAGAUCCAGGACGAGAUCUUGGACAAGGACGGAGAGGCAGAAGCCUCCGUUAGUUGUCCCGCCUCCUCCUGACCACCGCUCGUUGUCACAGGGGUUCAAAGUGUAUGGAGCUCCACCCUGCUCGAGGUGGACCAACUUAACUCUGGGCCUGUUUGACCUGUUAAAGUUCAGAUGGUCACGGUCACUGAUGCAGGCCCAGAACUGGUGCUUUUAUACUCUUUCUGUUGUUUAAGUGGUUUGGAGGCGUCUUUGCUUUACAAGGAGAAAAAGGGUGCACAUAGAGUCCGAGCUGUUUUCUUCCUCACUGCUGCCUCACUGGAUUCUUGUCCAGAGCUUCACAUCAUUUUUGACGGAGAGAAAAAAAAAAGAAAUUCUCAAACGUUUUAAACUGGCUGAGAAAUAUUUUCUACAAAUUCUUACCCAAUUAAAGUCCUUUUUUUCUAAAGGAAUUGAAAAUAGUACAUAUUGUGCUUCUUGUUCGGUGAACAACGAAUAUAUUCACACAUACACACACACACACACAAAAAAACUGCAUCCAUCUUUUAAAUUUGAAUAUUUAUGAUUUUAGAUCGCAGAAAGUCACUUCCCCUCGAUUGGAAAGCUGUUUUGUUUUUGUAUUAUUUAAGUCCCGGUCGUGUGAUUUGCGAUCCAGUGUCUCUCCUGCCAAGGAGCCAAAACAACGAGCGGAGACAAAUGGUGUUGGAGUUCUGCUGGUUUCUGGGGGAAUUCUGCAGGGUUGCCAAAGUUGACAGAGGAACGGAGCACAGCCUUUUGAUGCAUCAGUGCACUACUGAAGUUCUAUGCAAUUCAGCUGGCCUUAUAUUUUCAGACUGGCUUUCACCCUUCAUCGGUUCUCUUCAAAUACGAUUAGCCUUUUCAGCAAAGCAGGUGUUUUCUAUAUAUCAUUUUGAGCGUUUCAGUGUGAAAAAAAAUCUACUUUUGUUUUGUCGUGCACAUCAACAGUAAAACUGGAACAGCGCCCCCUAAAGAAGGGACAAAUCACGCCAAUAACACCAAUGCUUCUUGCUACAGAAACAGUGCAUCGCUCUGACUCAGAUGUGUUUUACAGGGGAAAGAUUGUUCUCAGCUUGUGCAGUUUAUUUUGAGCACAUAAAGACAUAUCAUCCCAAACAAGUCAAAUACUGUUGUUUUUAUGAAAGAAAUCAAAUAAAUUGAAGUUAUCAAAGCCAAACAAGGCUCUGGAACCUCAUAAGCAAAGCCAAAGGACACAUAUGUCACACAAGUAUAAUUGUUAGAUAUCAUAAUUCAUUGUAUGUUAGAGAAAUAUUCCUUUGAUUAUGUGGUGUUAUUAUUAUUAUUUCCUGCUGUCCUGCAGGGGGCUCUGUUCCAGACGAGUGGCACAUCCUGCUUUGUCUCUCCUGAACCGGGGCUCGACUGUAGUGUCAGGCUGUACAUAGAGAGCUGUAGGCAUGUGAUCGUAUACCCCAGAGGCCUUUUUGUGUUGGUAUUAAGUCUUUUGAAACCGUUCGAGAUGUCCAGCAGUUUCAGUGCUUCCACUGGAUUAGCGCAGAAACUGACCAACGCAUGGGGACAGAGGGGAUCUUUUGAAUCGCCUCUUUGUAUUAUAAUGUAUGUACAGUUUGCUGGAUCAAAGAUUUAAGUGCUACUUCUUUCUUGGAAGAUUCACAGAAGCAGAAUGUCAAAACGCAGGCCUUUUCUUAUUUCAGCAUGUUUCUCCCGAGGAAAAGGAGCUAUGGGUCCUUUUUUUUUUUUACAACUUUAUUUUUUUUAACUAAAUAGCUGCAAUGCAGACUGUGCGCUAUGUUUUUAAUCAAAAUCAUAUCUAUUCUAAUCAUUGAUUAAUUUGUGGCAGAAAAAAUGUUUUUUUCACAGAUUACUCUGUGUUAACCAAUGUUAAUGUUGCCAUAUUCAGCUUUUAUUAUAUUUUCAGGAAUAGUUAACUUCUUCCAGAUGUUUUGACCACAGCAGAUCACCCAUUAUUAAAAAACGAAUUUAUUUUAUCGGACAAGAACGAGGAACGUAGAGAACGUCACAUGCAUUUUUUGUUUGACUUGAUGUAAAACCAGUCUGAUCAGUAACAAAGAGCCAUACUUUUGUCGUUACUGUACUUUUCAGCUGUGACAUCAAACACAUUAUUGAUUGUACGGUUGUAACAUCCACAAACAGCAGGUCUCACUAGAGCGCAAACCUCCGCCAAGGCCCAACAGUCCCCUUGUGAUCAGAUCCAGAUUGUUAUAUUUACAUCUGCCUUAGUCCCCUUAACAUGCCAGAUUCUUUUCAUCAAGAUCCAUGAAUAAUUCUAUCAACGAAAAUGUCUAAACAGAAUCCAGGAUUUGCCCCCUGAUCUGGAUCCACACCAAAACCAAAUGGGCUCUUCCCUGAGUCAUACCACAUCCCACCACCACGUUUGUGUAAAUCCGUCCGGUAGUUGUUGUGUAAUCUUGCUCACAAUCAAACAGACAGGGGUGAAACCUGGUGUCCUUGGCGGAGGUAACAACACACCACGCUGUCUCUCACUUCACUCAGAGCGUCACACUCACCAGCCAACCAAAGCAAACAUGUACAGUAACAUACGACAAAGAUGUAAAUCAAGCUAUAGAAUCCUACUAACUCAGUCUCAGUGUUUGUACAGCCCUGCCACACACACACGUUAGUUUGACGACUUCCCCAUGAAAAACAUGCUGUCGUGUUCCAGAAUCACAAAUUCUUGCAGACUAUCAGACAUGUCGGUGUAUUGUCUCCACUGUUCCAUCACUUGAAGCAGGUCACAUCCCAGCUGUGUUGUUUAAAGAUACUGUAGCACUCCUCCUUGCUGAAUGUAGCUUCACUGGAGGACUCCUCUAAAGACCUUACAGGUAAACGCUGAGAAAAUGUAGCUGUUUCAAUCCAGGGAUAUAUGGUGCGCUGUUACUUCAACGGAGACCUUGGUAUGUGUUGCUUUACUAAACGGGUUCUCACCAACUUACAGUAUGUGACCUGGGUGUAUGUAAAGCAGAUCCUGGUGGAUGUGAAUGUUUCCUACUCAAAUGGUUUUAUACUAGUGGGUUUUAUCAGUGUUGACCUGGGAUUUAAUGGUUGUGUUGACAUAUGGUUUCACGUGUUAAUUUGCAUACAUGUUUGUCGUCAUUAUUGCCUUGACUUUUGAUUCCAUAAAUAUAAUGGGGAGAUGAAAAAAAUAAAAUAAAAAAGGUGCAGCAAUACUCGUGGCCAUAUUUGGGUAAAAAUUGACGGAUGUAUUUCAGAUACUGGUCUUUGUGUUUCAUUUGCAGCACAGGUUGAUCCAUGUAAGAGGUUCAUUUAAAUGGUUUUCUUUUCUUGUUUUUUUGGGUUGAAACUACUGAUACUAUGUAUUCAUGUUGGUCCGGGGCAGAUCGUUUGAAAAUUAUGAAUGUACUCGGUUGAUAUUGGGAAUAAAUGAAAUAAAAUGGUGGAUUGGAUAAAAUGAA